CCGCCUGUCAACAAUUCCGGUCAAGGGACUGUCAUGAAAUGCUUGUAUUUUUAGCAUGCACAACGGAACCAAUAAUUGAGUCUUGCACAAAGUUCACCUUUGGCCCGUAUCAAUGCAGCUACCCAGGUUUGGAAGACCAUUUUAAUUCGGCUGGCCUCAGUAUAUUUAACUGUAAUUGGUCAGAUGUUUAUGAUUUCACAGCGGAUGAGAAUACAGACAGCGUCCAUGUCUCGCUUUUAGAAAAAUGUAAUGAGAUAGAAAAACUAAUCUCAACACCUAAAACAGCUUUAGAAUGUGAACUGGAAAAUGGCGAACUUAAAAAUGAUGAAGAUUCCAUUGCACUUUUACAGCCCUUAAUGUCGAUCCCGUUGUCUUUUUCAUCGGAAAACUCUGUUGUCCCAUUAACUAUUGGCAAUAAAUCACAAGUUAAUGCAUUCAUUAAGUCGAAUAAUCUAACAACUGAAAAUCUCUUCAAUAAAUCUGCACUCAUUACAGUAUUUCCACAUGAAGCAGCUAUUCAAUCAGCUAAAUUAAUAUGUGAUUAUUUGAGGAAACUUAAUUCUUGUGCUAUUGUCCGAACUCGCUGUUCUCAAUUUUCUGAACAUGAGAUUCAACAAAUCUUCAAGUGCAAUUCUAAUUCAAAAGUGUGGAAAUCAGAAACAGUAUGUAAAAAUGCUAAAAAGUAG